GACGAAGCGGGCCAACCGCUGGCGAACACGGGCACGGAGGAUCCACUGGUCUGUGAGGAUACGGAGGAUGGCAACCGCCGGGUACCGUGCUUCGACUUUUCAACGGUGAAAUGCAAAGCCUUCACACCACAGCGGUGCAACUGCGACGCUGUGCUUCCGAUCUGCCUGACAUCCUCCGGCAGAUCUUCACUGGCUUCCGCCAUACGAAAUGUGAUGUAUACGUGCUGCGCUCGACCGGGCCAUGCCUUAGACUUCGGCAUGAACGAGUCUGUGACGCUCACGACGACUGCUCCUCCCAGCAACCGUUAUCUUUGGCAGGCCAACCC